AUGGCACGCCAUUGGAGUGAAGAAACCAGCUGGAUAUGGAUUCCCGAUUGGGAUGAGAAAGAUGAAGUGGCCCGAAUAGUAAAAUUUCGACUAUGCUUUGAACUUGAGGAAGUUCCUGACAAUAUCGCCAUCAAUGUCUCUGCAGAUACACGCUAUCGGCUAUUUGUCAACGGGAAAAGCGUAUCCUUCGGGCCGGCCAAAAGUCAUCUGGGUGAAUGGAACUACGAAACAGUGGAUAUCGCACCAUAUUGUAGAAUCGGAAAGAAUGUUAUCGCUGCACAAGUAUUACGGUACUCUGUAAUCUACCCAGGCAAUAUGUCUCUCACCCGAGGGAUUAUUCCGGGAUUCAUUCUACAUGCUGCGACCCUGCCCAUGAUUUCAAGUGAUAAGGUAUGGCGCUGCAAAGCCGACGAGGCUGUUCGCAUUUCCUUCCAGGAAGCAUGGAACCCUGCGCUAGGUCCAUCUUUCAUAGCUACCAACGAGAGGGUUGACGGAUCAAGAGCUGAUCUCGGGUGGUUGGAUGCUGAGUUCGAUGAUUGUACUUGGAUAUGUGCCAUCAAGUUCUCCAUGAAAGCUCCUAUGCUUCCAAUAAUGGAGCCCCGACGACUCGUGGAAAGAUCUAUUCCCCAUUUCCCAGAGGUUCUCAUGCAGUUCAAAUCAACCAUUGAACGUGGUAAAACCUCCGAAGAUGAGGCACAACAGUGGAACAGGUUGCUUUUCCACGACCAACCGCGCCUAAUUGAUGCGAAUAGCCGUGUUAUCGUGACUUUUGAUUCCGCAGCGCUUACUACUGGUUCCCUACACCUUCGGUUCCGGGGAGGCGCAGCAGGAAAGAUUCGUGUCCGGUGUGCUGAGUGUUUCGAAGAGCCUCCAGACAUAAAAUCUGCCGAUCCCUUCUCACGGAGGAAGAAAAAUCGCUCCGACCACUCUGGAGAUCUCAUAGGACCUGACGAUUAUUAUAAUAUCAAUCCGGAAGGCCCCUCGGAUAUGGAAAUGAUCUAUGAACCUUUCUGGUUUCGUACUUUCCGCUAUGUGGAACUCGAAAUCGAAACCUCCACAGCACCGAUUGAAAUAUUAAGUUUCAACUUUCGAACGUUCCAUUAUCCUCUCCAGAUUGAGACUUAUUUUUCGAAGUUCCCCUCUCAGGAGAUGUCGAAGAUAUGGGAUAUCAGCUUGAAUACUUUGAAAAAUUGUAUGCACGAGACCUACGAAGACUGUCCAUUCUACGAGCAGAAUCAGUUCGCGAUGGACGCACGACUGCAGAUUUUCUUCACUUAUCAAAUAUCUCACGAUGAUCUUUUAGCAAGAAAGUGUAUGCAGGAGUUCUAUUCAAGUCGACGGGCGGAUGGACUCAUCGAGACACAUUUCCCUGCACCAUUUCCAGUCGUCAACAUUCCUUACUUUUCGCUCUACUGGAUUCUCAUUAUAUACGACCAUAUGAUGUAUGUCGGAGACGAACACCUCGUCCGGAAAUACUUAGGCACAGUCGAUGGCAUACUGGACCAUUUCCACCAGCGAAUCAAUAGUGAUGGCUUAGUUGGUCGCUUUGAAUGGGAUGUUUGGCCAUUUGUCGAUUGGACCAAAGAGUGGUCUUCAGCUGCCAAUGGUGACUUCCGCAAUCUGGCUGUUCCACCCGCGUAUCGCCGCUCUGGUGUUCUCACCUACAGCAGUUUGAUAUAUGCCUAUGCGCUGCAAAGAGCUGCUUCUCUGUGCGACUUUCUAUCUCGUCAUGACACGGCCGCUGAAUAUCGUGAGCGAGCCUCACAGUUAAAUCAAGCAGUUAUACAGCAUUGUUUCAGAGGUAAAUUCCUGGUAGAUGCACCAGAUAGCCCUGUUGAAGAGCGCAGUCAACACGCGCAAGUGUUUGCUGUUUUAUCUGGCGCCCUCACCGGAGACUCAGCACAAGAAAUUCUUCUUCGAGCUCUGUAUGAUCCAAGCUUCGCUCGCUGUUCAUAUGCAAUGUCGUUUUAUGUCUUCGAAGCAUGUAAAAUGACGGGGCUUUAUGAUCGACUCCAUGACUCCCUGCUGCAGCCGUGGCGCGAGAUGAUUGACAUGAAUCUCACAACAUGGGCCGAGUCCGAGGCCAUGCCACGCAGCGAUUGUCACGGAUGGAGUGCAGUCCCCAUUCAUGACUUCGUGGCGAAUGUGGUAGGUAUCACGCCAGCGGCGCCAGGAUAUGAGACGAUCCGGUUUGAGCCUCGUAGGAAACACUGGCAGACACUUUCUGGUACUUUUGCCGUUCGUAUGGGGCAGCUGCAUAUCUCUUGGGCAGUUGGAGACGCAGUAGAACUGACCUCGACCUUCGACGCCAAGAUCGAAGUAUGCGAUGCAAAUGGUACAACACGAGUGUAUGAAGUUCCAAGAAACAGCAAGAUCAUACUGGAUAUUGAUUAA